AUCAAAGAUAUCAUUCGAAUUCGAAUUGCGAUUUGAAGAUGCCUCUCAAUUAUUCAAAGUGGGAUGCUCUUGAGCUCUCGGAUGAUUCCGACGUUGAAGUUCAUCCAAAUGUUGACAAACGUAGUUUUAUUCGAAUGAAACAAAGGAAGAUUCAUCAAGAAAGAGAAGAACGUAAGAUGAAGAUCGAAUCAUUCAAACAUGAAGAAGAACUCAAUCAGAAAUUAUUAAAAGAAAUGAAAGAUUUAAUUAAAGAAGUUGAAUCAGAUGGAAUCCAAUCGAUGAAAAAAACAGCUAGUCAACUUUCAGCUACAGGUGGAAGCGUACCACCAAGUGAAAAUAAAGAACCUACGAUUCAACAAAUGGUCUUUAACUUAUUAACUCAAAUCUUAUCAAAGGUUGAAAAAGAUAAACCUGAUGUUGGAGAUGAAGAUCAAGCUUGUCUUAAAGAACUUAAUUUUCAUUAUACUAGGCUUUCUGAAAGAGAAGAAAAGAGAAAACUCGAAUUGAUACAUGAAGAAGCUGAAGCCAAGAAACAUAUCACUAGUGAAGAUGUACAUGAUGGAUUUGAUGUUUCGUAUGUGGACAAGACUCCUUCGAAAGCUAUUGAUGAGACCGCUGCUCCAUCUACCGCCACUAAAUCCAAAAAAACUAGUAUCGAAGUCUUGAAUCCAAAUUCGGUUGAUUCAUCUCUCGCUGCCCCUACAAACGCGGUCGAUGCAGACUCAUCUGACGAUGAAGAGUUACCUCAACUUUCUUCAUCAGCCAUGAAAUUUGCAAAGAUCAAGGCAUCUAAUUACCCAGCUUCACUUGCAGCAAUACAGGCUGAUCCAUCACUCUAUCUUGAUGAACUCACUACUGAUGCUUUACUUGUGGAAGCCUUUGAGGCCGAGAUGAGAGGUGCAAAGGAACAUGCAAGGAAUUGUGUACAUCAAGGACUUUUGCUUCAAUAUUGUCGCAAGUUGGGCAAGGAUGGUGUUAGCUUGUUUUUUCGAAAGGUCGGGUCCGGUGAACCCCGUGCGAUGGAAGUCUUCAUAACAGAUGUACAAACAACUUACGAACGAAUCGCAGGUAGAUGUAAAACAAUCAAAGAAGAACGAGCAUCAGAUCCAUCAGGAGGAAAAGAACAAAUCCAAUUAGUAGCCACGAACCCGACUACAUCGAUCAGUUUUGAGAUACCAGAAGGACCACCACCAGAAGAUUUAAGAUUACAAACCGAAGAUGGAACCGAAGCGGAAUUAGAUGUAGAAGAAGUUCGAGGGUUUUUGAAUGAUCGAUGGGAAACGUUUUGUUCGUUUCCAAAGAAACUACAAAAAGCACUUCAGACUAAGGAAUUAGAAAAAGUGAAUAAAGUGUUGGGUGAGAUGGAAGUUCCAGAAGCCGAAAAAGUGGUACAAGAUUUAGAUCGGGUUGGGAUUUUAAGUUUUAGUGAAUCUGGAAUAAUUGAUCAAACUGGUAAGGAAUCUGUGAAAAAUGAAGAAGAUCAAAAGAAGGAGGAGGAGGAAGGAAAAGUAGAUGAGGAUCAUGAGGCUGAGGAAUCGGGUAAGAAUUCGAUUGAGAUUCCAGAAUGAAAUGUGAUUUGAUGUUUGAUUGAAUUGAAAAAAAAAGUUGAAUGAGAUUUAUUUUCCUUUGAUAAAUCUAAUGUUUGAUUGUGUUAUAUAUCACUUCUUUCUUGUUUGUUUAAUUUUCUAUAUAUAUAAAGGCAUGUCAAUUCUUUAACUUCUAAUGUGAAUGAUGAAUGAUCAGGUUGAGUCGACAUACAUACAUAU